AGGAGGAGGAGAAGGAGAAGAGGGCAAAGCACAAACAAUUGUAACAGAAGUCUAAAAUGGAGGAUGUUAACGUGGAUGCUUACGUUAAUUUUGUUUAAUAAACUUUUUUAGCAGAAUUAAUUUCUGAAUAAUACUGCUCUGAUACAAAGUCCAGAGGGCGGUUUAACCUAGUGCUUCUAAAAUCUGCUGGAUUUCCACUACUUAGCUGAUUAGCUAAGUAGUGUGGGGAAAUAAAGCUAGCUCGGUUAGCUAACGCUACUCACUAGUUAACUUCACCACAACGACACGUAAAUUAAUCACUUUCAUUGUGGUGUGACCACUUUUGUUUUUUUGAAGCGGAUACAGCAAUGGAAGAUAUGUCUGAAUCCCCUUGUGAGUCUGUUCCCUCACAGCUGGGAGGUGGUCCUGACUUUCAUGGUCUAAUAAAAGAUGCAGUGGUAGUUUUGACCAGACUUCCUGAAUAUAAGAUGAGCACUCUGCGACCACCAACGCCUCAGCAGUUCUACAGUGAAGACGAGUCGCUCAGCAGCUCUGAUUCGGAUUUGCAGUGGGAGCCAGAAGAUGACUCUAGUGAUUCAGAUUUUUCACUCUCAAACAGCAAACAGAAAUCUGUUAAACCAUUGAAGAGUGACACAGUGAGAACACCUGCACCUUCAACAAGCGGCAGCAGCAACAGCGAAACAGCACCCCAUUGCUCGCAAGAUGUCACACCGGCCCGUCCUAGCUUGCCAGUCGAAGAGAUCAAAGUGGACAUGAUGGUGCUGGCUAGGAGGAGGCCCAUGAGAUGGCAACGGGGAAAAGUAUUGGAGAUAAUUACAAGAGAAGAUGGACGGUUGAAGUACAAAGUCGGCUUUGAAGAAAAGGGCAGAAGCCUAGUUUCUGGACACCACAUCGCCUUUGACACCACACCAAAACUGGAGCAGCUGUAUGUCGGUGCUCGGGUAGUGGUCCAGUGUCAAGAUAACAAGUACCGAUUCCGUCCUGGUAUUUUGGCCGAGCUUCCCAGCAGAAAAAACCGCUUAAGGUUCUUGGUCUUUAUUGAUGAUCACACACCAGUCUAUGUUGGUUUACCUUCUCUUCAUCUGAUAUGCAGACCAUUGGAUGAUGUUUUGGAGGACGUUCCAGAUGGCUCUCACAAACGUUUUAUGAAACAGUAUCUGAAGGACUGGCCGUACCCACAUUUAACCCAGUACAGGCCCGGACAGUCCUUUAAUGCAGAAUUGAAUGGAGUCCAGCAGAGGUGUGAGGUGCAGGUGGUCGACUGCAGCUUGAUGCAGGUCGUUUUUCAGGAAACUCAACGGAAGGAGUGGAUUCACCGUGGCUCCAUACGACUGGAACACAUGACUAGGUUUUCAGAUUGAAAGCGCGGAAGAGAAUAAGGACGAAUCCGAAUAAAAGCCCGUGGUACAGUAGUUGUACAGUAAUUUGGAAAAAUGAAAAGAAUCCACUUUUAGUAAGGCCCAUCAUUAUUACCCCAAAGGGAUGUGCCAUAUACUUUUAGGCUAAAAUAAGAGUUGCUGUAAAGAGUACAUGUGAAUGACUUUCUGUGAAUGAAGCCACUUGCAUGUGGAGUACAGAGGGGGGUAAUAUUUUCAUUGUGGAAUUAAAAUACUAAGCGAAGUACAUACGUUAAUGUUUGGACAUUUGCCGUUGAUGCUUAAUAUUCUUAAGUUGUGUGAUUUUAUUUUGGUAUAUAUUCAGAUAUUUUUUGUUUGAACAUUUAUUUUUCAUUUUUGUGCCCAGAAAAGUCACUAGCUCUUUCAUUCUAUUAUUUUCCCUCUUCAGUCAAUGAAUGGCAUUUUCUGAAUACUUAACUGUGAUCCCUGUUCUCUUUGUAACAGUUUUGUUUAAUUUUGUCAAUAAAAAAGUUCUACAUUGCA